UUUUUGUAUGAGAUAAGAGGGUAAACGAGCAGACGGAUCACCUGAUGGCAAGCAAUCGGCGCCGCCCAUGGAAACAGGAGUUAUAAUGUGCAUUGCCGGUGUUUGGAGGACGAGAGGUGCUUGGCUUUUCUGUGUCCUGCAUUAAAAAACAUCCCGUUCCACCACCAGAUCGUCAUGAAAAACUAAACCAUGGACGGGAUCCUAAAGAAUUUUACCACCCGUUCUCCAGCUGAGGAGAUAUCACGCUCUCAAUACUCACUGGUAGCUACUGAUGUGACUGAGGAAGCUGUUCAGUUGUGGUUGGAACUCCCUGACGAAGUGAGAGCUGAUUCAUCAUGGGAGAUCUUUCGAAGCAAAUGGGAGAAGGAGCAUGACUACCUAAUCCAGAAUAAUAAAAAUAAGCAUUCAGUAUUACUAAAACUGACUGGACCAUUCUUGUCCGAAGCUUACGAGAAAAAAUUGAACAUUCAUGAGAAGCGGAAUAUGAGUAGAAUGGAUAUCUGGAUAGAAAAGUGGAUUCCGAAUGGUCCUACCCAGGAUCUUGGAGAGGGCUCUGAUUAUGAGACUAUAGAGAGCUCCAUCUAUUGGACGAUAAUAUUAGAAAAUCAAGCCGAAGACUUCCAUGAGAGUGAGACUCGAUCUUCUGUCUUAGUUCUACCAUCUUCUUCUGCAAAUCAAAGCGUUCUAGCUGUGAGAAUGGCAACGACAUCUAAUGUUACGACUCCGUUCACUCUGAGCUAUACUUUGGAUCCCCUAGAUGGGACUACUGGCAUUAUUUAUGCUUGUAUUCUUCUAUUUGCGUUAUAUGCCUUGAUUGUGUUCGAGGUAAUAAACAGGACGAUGGCAGCAGUUCUCUUAUCCACUACAUCACUAGCAGUGUUAUCCAUAGCUGGUGAAAGACCGUCAGUGCCGGAGAUCAUAUCCUGGCUGGACGUGGAGACAUUACUCCUACUCUUCAGCAUGAUGGUUCUGCUAUCCAGAGGCAAGAUAUGGCCGUUGAUAACAAUGCUUUGUGGGAUGACAUCAGUAGUAUCAUUGUUACUCGAUAAUGUAACGACUGUGCUUCUAAUGACGCCUGUAUCUAUACGGCUAUGCGAGGUGAUGGAAUUGGACCCCAUACCGGUUUUACUAGCAAUGGUACUAUUCUGCAACCUUGGCGGCACUGCGACUCCUGUAGGCGACCCCCCAAACGGCAUCAACUUCACCAACUUUACUCUGCAUAUGACCUUCGGUAUACUCCUGGUAGCUGUUCAGACCUACCUUCAGCUCAGGUUCAUCUUUCGAGACACAAACAAAUUGAGAUUGACUGAAUCUAAGGAUGUUCAAGAUCUUCGUCGUCAAAUUUUAGUAUGGAGACGUGCAGCUGAUUCCUUACACCACUUAAGUCCAGAACAGCUUAUAGUGAAAGACAGACUAGAAAGAAAAUAA